UUUCAGGUAAUGACACCGCUCAGCAAACUUUGUGCAGGUGCAGUCACGCAAAAUGUGCUGAAAAGCUACUUCCUAACACCAUCCCAAUUUCGCAGCUUCUCCCGAACGAUCACAGCACUUGAAAAAUCACAGAAAUCACCCUCAAAACAGGAACAUGCGCUCCAGAGAUCGAUUUUGGAGGAAGUUUUGGUGCAUGAGAAGGCGAAACCGACGACAUUUGGCGGAAAAGUCGCUGAAAAGGCGUCGAACACGUUUAUGUACACGGCAGUUGUCGCUGGAAUCGGUCUAAUUGGUGCAUUUAUCUAUGUGCUCGCCGGGGAAUUUUUCGCUCAAGAUUCCCCGCAGACAAUUUUCAAUAAGUUGGUUUUUCACUUUUUUCCGGGAAAAACCAAUUUAAAUCAAAUAUUUUUUGCAGAGCUCUCGCAUUGGUACGUGAUGAUGGCCGUUGUCAGGAAAUAUUCGGCGCCUCAAUCGCCGGAUUCGGCGAGGAAACGUCACGUGGACGCCGCCGCCACGUGGCACAUCACAAGUACGAGAAGGACGGAAUGCAGCGGAUUCGGGUGCUUUUCCACGUGAAAGGAGACCGAGAUGAGGGAAUUGCUCAAGCUGAAAUGGAGCAACGAGACGGAGAUUGGCAGUGGCGGUUCUUGUAUGUGGAGAACAAGCGGCGACCGAAAACUACCCAUGUUUUGAUUGAUAAUCGAUAAUUUCUUGUUUUCUGGUGAUUGUUAUGUUUAAAUAGGGUUUUUUGUUGAAUAAAUUGCA